UGAGGCAAUGCUACCAAUGCUCGCAUACACACGAUUCUUUAGUUGCUUGACGAAUGCCAAUACGAAAAGUACUGUGUUGUUUUAUUACUUAUGCCUUUUUAGAAAAAUAAACUACAAGAACUAUUUUAGUUUGAUAAUUUAAGUUUUAGGUUUAAUGACAAUAUCCUAGUGUUGUGCGUGUCGAUUUGCUUAAAAAACUGUUUGUGAGUGCCGACCUAAAAGAGUUUCGUUCUGAAAACCAGUUUUGUUCAGACACAGAAGACUGACUGCAGUGGAAUUGUGUGUUAAUACCAAGUAAAACAGUGUCAAUAGCAUAUUUUAAAUCUUAUUUAGGAUUAAACAGUGUAAUCGUAGCUUAAUCUGAACAUUCGUAUGGUUAAUCAAUGCCUUUGAGUGAUUACUACAAAAAUACCUGUUGAAUGUGGUUAAGUAGAACAUAUUGCAGAAUGAAAGACAAGUUUCGUGGUGUUGUUACAGUUGUGCCAGUUUUUUAUAUCAAUAGAUUCAAUUAAAUAACGUGAACAAGUUUUAUUUGAAUGUUUGUGUGUGUAAAAUUAAUUAACGGACCUCAAAGUUAAACAUAACCUCAAAGUUUGCACCUGCACCUAACCUAACAUGACAUGACAGUGAAGGUGGUUAAACUUACUCGGUAAUCAAAUUCUAUUAAUUGCAGUUUGAAUUUUCAAAUUGUUUAAGGAUUUAGUUUAAACUUCACACCAAACAUUAUUUUACAAAAAUGUUUUUUCCCUCAGUGUUCCUCAAUUAACCCAGUUACAUAAAUCAAUUAUCUUUUAUCAUUGUCCUUUACCAUGUUGGAAAGUUUAGUGUCCCGUUGGACGUCACCCCCCACGGGGCGGCGUUCCAGGGAGGUUCAAUCGGAUCCCGAAUGCGAAGAUGCAGCAGGAUCAGAGCCUGCUGCACAAAGUCGUCGCAGCAGAGGCAGGGCAGCCAGAUUGCUCCAGGACAAGAGACGCAGAUCCAGACGAUCAUUUGCUGAUAUCUCCGCCCCCGUGCUGGUGCCCUCGGGGCAUGAUCUUAGGCCCUCCAAGAGCUUGGGCAGAUUGGAUGGAAUGAAAGAGGUUGAAAGAUUAGCACAAUACGAUCGUCUGGUAGGUGGAGGAACAGCCUGCGACACAGAUCUUGACAGGAUUCAAGAAUUGUUCCCAAAUGAUUAUCUAGCUUUAUACGACAGUGAUGCACCUUCGGCCCAACUACAGAACAGUGUGAAAAUAAAGACUCUUCUCCGCAAGCGACCAAGUCUGGACCUAGGUCUACUAGGAAGUAGCAACAAUGGAAGUUGUCAACGAUCGCCCAGUUCCCAUAACUUGUCAAAUAACAAUAACAAUAGCAAGUCACCUUCUUCGGGAAAUGAUAGCAGUUUGCGGAAAGAGAGAAGAUUUCUGAUGGAAGCACCAUGCACUUUUUCAGCCUGUCCAAGUGCUACCGGAUCACCAGAUUCACCAGGAUCUGUUCAAGGAGAUCCGACAGCAGCAGCUCCUACAGGGUCUACGCAGGAUAGGCACUUAUUUUUGUUUACGGAUCUGCUGCUGGUGGCAAAACCACGAGGAGGAUGUUUCAAAUUGAAGGAAUGCGUUCGCUUAUCAGAACUGUGGGUUUCGGCUGCCGCGAGGCCGACGUGCUGCUUACUGGGUUGGGCAAGAGGAGCUCAAGUGACCACGGUGCGUUGCGCCUGGGGCACUCAAGCCGCGAGGGACACUUGGCUGCGCGGCUUGCAGGCAGCCCUUAUUGCGACACUGGCAGAUGAACCACCGGAAACUAAUAUUCAGCUACUCUACAAAGACCCUAAUGGAAUGGAUUAUACAAAAACGUUAACGGUGGGUCCAUCAGUUACCGCGGAUGUUGUGGUACGUCAGGCUAUAUCGCUCUUCGGCCUUCCUGCACGUUGUCGCACAGACCUCAGACUGGCAGUCAUCGAGACCUCAUCUAGCAAUGGUAGUUCAAGUAGUGGGAAUAAUAACUCAACUACGUUUCUCAUUGGUUGCGAACGACCUCAUGCAAUACAAAUGGCUAGAAUUAGACAAUCGCUCUCUAGUGAAGAAGGAUUUGACCUGAGGCAUGUAAAUAGUAGACACAAUCCUUGCUGCAACCUCAUUUUCGAACUACGUAGCGUCAAUAAAACUGUUAUUAAAAGGACACCGCUGAAACUGUUUCGUAGAUCAUCCGGCCGAUUGUUCGGCGUAGCUCUGACCACUCUCUGCGCGCCCCUUCAAGGACAAGCCCCAGGUCCCGUGAUAAGUAUGCUAAGGGCUUUACUACUUCGCGGACCCUUGACCCAAGGAAUAUUUCGCAAAUCGGCCAAUGCACGAGCGUUAAGAGAGCUUCGAGAUAAGAUGGAUUCAAUAGGUCCUAGCGGAGACGCUAAUGCCUUAAUUGAAUCAGCUCCGGUAAUUCUAGUAGCAGCAUUACUCAAGGACUUCCUCCGCAGUCUUCCAAAUCCUCUUCUAUGCACUGCUCUUUAUGAUAAUUGGAUGCGUGUUUUAACUCUUCCUUCUGUGAAGGAGCAAUUAGCAUCGGUUAGAUCACUUCUUUUACAGUUACCGUCGUGCCAUUUGACAUUGCUCGCUCAAGUUCUUUCCGUGUUACAUACAGUAGCGAGACGAUCGUCAGUAAAUCUUAUGUGUGCUUCCAAUUUAGGCGUCUGUGUAGGGCCUUCAGUUCUUUGGCCACCAGGACCUCCAAUGCAAUUGCAUGAACCACGAGCGGUUCCGCAGUUGUUGCAAUUAUUGAUAACCCAUGCAGAAGAGCUAUUCCACACGAUACGAGCGGCAGGUUCUGAAACCAUAGUUGCUGAUUCAGGUGCUGAGGAAAGCGAUAGCCUGCAUUCCGUCGGAUUAUCUUUGGAUUCAUUAGAAUUAGGUUGUGUGCGCAAAGAAAAAUUAUCUUUAUCGCGUGACUCUGGCCUUACAUUAUCAGAAGAUGAUUCUAUUAGCACUGGUGGACAAAGUCCGUCACCUCAUGUUAUAUUCUGCAGAGCACCUCAGCAACAACAAGCUCAGCAGGUUAAGGUGCGUACGUUUGUUCCUCAGCAAUAUGUUAGAACAAAGAGUUCGGGUGAUUUGUUAGAUAGUACAAAUGGACCAAGUUAUUCAAGAGUUUAUGGGGGAUGGGAACAGCGUAUAUCUCAUUACACACAACAACAAUCUAAUAGUACUGUAGAAUCGACAUUUAAGAGACGCGAUUGGUCCCGACAAGCUUCAAGAACUAAAAGCAACGAGGGCGCUUCAACAGAUUCUUCUCAGGAUAGCGCUGGAGAAUCUAAAUGCCGAGACCAAUGUCAGCAAAGAACUUUAGAUCCGUCCCAUGUUUGUUGCCGAAGUCCGUAUUUCCGUACAGAGAAGAGCAAAAUGUAUUACGCACAUUAUAAUAAUCAAGACAAAGAUUAUUAUGGGCGUCAAAAAUCGCACAUCAAGCAAUCAAAAUCGACGAGUGCUGUAUCCAAUCUAUAUUCAAAUCUUAAUAAUAAUACAGAAGCAUUUUGUGAUGGAAUAUAUGGCACCGCAGAAACCUAUGAAAACUCUCAUUAUGAAAAUGUUUAUGUUAAUCGUGUAAAUGCCUUUAGAGCUCCGCCUGUCCCACCCAGAAGGUUUGCUCAUUUGACGGCAGGGCCUCAAAAGCAUACUGUAUCUUUAACAAUAACUGAAGAUAGGAAUGCUAGAUCUCGAUCUCGAUCUACAUCCGUAGGACCUGUGUUUAGACCCCUAACUUCAAUGCAUGUAGCUAAUGUAAUAUCCCUUCAAGAUACAGAUACAGAGUCAGAAUCAUAUGUAUGACCAUGACCAUUACAAUAUACUUUAUACAUUUAAGAUAUAUCAUGUGUUCGCCAAAAAGUGUGUUGAGCUCUGCCUUUGUGUUGCUAGAAGAAAAUAAUUGAAUAAUAUAUUACAUUGAAUUAUCGUAAGUUCACUGAUAAUCAAUUGUUAAAAGUAAUUGCACAAUAGCAACUACAUCUUUAUAUAGAUUAGUAUAAAAUAUUUUUAUAUAGUGAAUUAAACAUAUAUUAUCGAAUAUUAAUUGAAUG